AUAAUGGUAGUGAAAGUUUCAGAUGCUAGUGGUGAAGCUUGGCUUUCUCUGUUCAAUGAACAAGCAGAGAGAAUAUUUGGGUGCUUUGUUGAUGAGCUUGAUAAGCUGAAAUCACAGGAGGGAGAAGAGAACCUAUUCCAACAGAAAUUGAAGGAAGCUAUUUGGGUCCCUCAUCUUUUCCGGAUUAGUGUUGCACAACAUGAGUACAUGAACGAGAAAAGGCACAGGAUAACAGCCAGGGCUGUUGUUCCAGUUGAUUUUGCAGCUGAAUCCAGAUUACUGUUGGAGGAGAUAUCAAAGAUGAAGACUUCACAAUAGGCUCCUUAGUUUAUUUUGUUCUUUGGAUAACAAUAUUUAGUCAGUAUGCCUUCAGUUCCCUCUAUAUCUUAAGACACAUCCCAUUGAAUAUAGAGGAAGCUUAAUCCUAACUUGGAAUGCACAUACCAUUAUUGUAAUAUAUGUUUUGCAGACAUACAUGUGGUUUUGUUGCAUUGUAGAAAAAUCACUUAAAAAGCAGUUUCACGACUUGGGUUUCCA